AGAGGGUUUGAGGAAAAACAAAAGAACUAGAUGUAGCAUAUCAGAGGGUCAGGGGUAGCCUCACCCGUCAUACAUGGGAAGGUCAACCCCCAAGAUGCCUCAGUACUAACUAACCAAUGCCAGCUAAAUAGCAGAGCUCAGGUCAAGAAUUCUCCAUCUUCAAUUCCAUUCUCUUCCUGCUUCCUGCCUCCUCCCAUGAUGCAGAGAUGGAGCAGAAAGAAAUCCCAUUUUCCUUUGGCGGUAUUUGUCUUGCUCGUCUUCAUAACUUGUUCAAUUCUUUAUAACGAAACUAGCAUUAAACAAAUCCAUGAACACCCAGAUCAUCUCCCUCGCAAGCCACAAACUACCGUUACUUACAUAGAGCCAAAUCUCGUUACCCACUCGACCCGAGUUCCAGAAGUUUUGGAUAGGUUCGUUAGAUGCAACGUUACUAAAGACUACAGUGGUAAGAAAAUCCAAUGGGUUGAUCGGAAACCGAAAUUGGGUCAACGGAGCGAGAGUUUGGAGAGCUGUGAUGUGUUUUCGGGUAAAUGGGUAUUUGAUAAUAAAUCGUGCCCGCUUUAUAAUGAGUCGGAUUGUCCGUACAUGUCUGACCAAUUGGCAUGUCACAAGCAUGGAAGGUCCGAUUUGGGAUACCAGUACUGGAGGUGGCAACCUCACAACUGCAAUUUGAAGAGAUGGAAUGUUACUGAAAUGUGGGAGAAGUUGAGAGGGAAGAGACUGAUGUUUGUGGGUGAUUCACUAAAUAGAGGGCAAUGGAUAUCAAUGGUAUGUUUGUUACAGUCAGUGAUCCCAGCGGAUAAGAGAUCUAUGUCUCCAAAUGCUCCUCUUACCAUUUUCAGGGCAGAGGAAUACGAUGCUACUGUGGAAUUUCUAUGGGCCCCACUUCUUGUUGAUUCUAAUUCUGAUGACCCUGUGAAUCAUAGAUUGAAUGAGCGGAUAAUUCGUCCAGAUUCAGUUCUAAAGCAUUCAUCAAAGUGGGAACAUGCUGAUAUACUAGUUUUCAACACAUACUUGUGGUGGAGACAAGGCCCUGUUAAGUUGUUAUGGAGCAAUGAAGAAAAUGGGGUUUGCGAGGAAUUAGAUGGAUUAGGAGCUAUGGAAUUGGCAAUGGAGUCAUGGGCAGACUGGGUAGCUUCUAAGGCCAAUUCCCUUGAGAAACGGGUCUUCUUCGUUACCAUGUCUCCAACACAUCUCUGGAGCCGGGAGUGGAAGCCUGGAAAUGAAGGAAAUUGCUAUAAUGAGAAGUUCCCUAUUGAUUGGGAGGGCUAUUGGGGAAGUGGCUCUGACUUGCCUACAAUGCGUAUGGUAGAAAGAGUCCUCAGCAGAUUGGGUUCAACCGUUUCUGUUCUUAAUAUCACUCAGUUAUCUGAGUAUCGAAAAGAUGGCCACCCUUCCAUCUACCGAAAAUUUUGGGAGACACUGAGCCCUGAUCAGUUGUCGAAUCCUAUGACGUACUCUGAUUGCAUACAUUGGUGCUUACCUGGCGUGCCUGAUGUAUGGAAUGAAUUACUAUUCCAUUUUUUGUAAUGCAAAUAUAUGCUUUCAGCCCUUAGCCGUUUCAAAUAGCAAUAGGAAGAAAUUUCAGUGAAGCUGAUCGUGUGUGUUCCUGGAACAGAAUGGCUAAACUGCUGCUUAAACUCCUGAUACUGUGGAAGAAAUGAUCGGAAAGAGCAUGUGAUUCUGGGGGCUAGCGAUUAGGCUAGCAAAAGCUCAAGUGCUGUGCAAAUACUGAUCGUGUAUAUAUGUAGAAUGGCUCACAGGAACAUAAACGAAAAUAUUGUUUUGAUUCAACCCUGAUUUACUGGGACAAUAACGGAACAAGCCCUAGAUUCUUGUGGAUUGUGUAUUGAAAUUUCAGAUUAAUAAUGAAGUUAGCAGAUAUGGUCCUAUA